AUGACGUACGGGUCUGGCACCGUCCUUAUGCCCAUUUUCCGGCGCACUAUGAUUGGAGUAUGCGGCAUUAUUUCCAUGUAUGUGACAAUCGAGCUGGCGGGGAAGCCUCUAUAUGCCCAGGUCACUACGAGGCUGGCAAACAUGGGUAAAGAAACAGCGGCAUCUGCUGCUGGUGGGGGUCACGGCCAUGGAGGCCACUGA